CUACAUCCCCCAAUGUAAAGCCCUCUCGCAAAAGGCCCAUCCCCAUCCAUCUCAAAGCACUAGGUGGGGGUGCCCCAGGGACAAACGACCCGCGCCCGGAGUGUGAGCGUGGGCGGGUCGAGCCAAAUGGGACCCGCAGUGGGGUCGACCGAGGCUCGAAAGUCCUUUAGGGUACGGCCCCUACACCGGGUGCACACAACAGAGUCAGUUAGUGAUGCAGGUGAGAACGAUGACUCACGCUCCGUCGACGACGACAAUCCUGUUGAAGCACCACAAAUGCCUAUUCCAGAGGAGGUCACAAUCCAACGUCAUCGGCUGCGCAGCAAUCUGCUUGGACUCGAGAGACAACUCAACGAGUCGUGGAGGAAGGCCACAAAGGCUUCCAAGUUUCUGGUCCGGCAACAUUUGCAUGAGUUGGAUCAGGCCACGAGGACCAUCACCGUUGAGCAUGCCAACAAAUACAAAGUUGCCAGGGCAAUUGCAUGUGCACCGCCCUCGAUCCCGGCCAAACGAGGGAGAGGGAGACCUAGGAAGGAGGUUGCAACUCGAGGCGGGACAGGUGAUGAGGAGGCUCAGGGCGUGGAAGGUGGCAGUUUGGCAGAAGGUCCUGCACCCGCAUGUCUCACAAGAAAGCGGGAACGACCGCAGAAGCAGCCCGUGCAAGAGAAGGAGGAAGUAGCGCCAGAAGGGGCAAGCAGCAAUGAAAGUGGUGGCGGUGCUGAUGAAAAUGAUGGUGGCAGCGACGAAAGUGAUGGGAGCGGCGAUGGUGACGAUGGCAGCGGCAAUAGUGACGACGGGAGCAGUGGCUGCGAUGGGACUGAUAGCAGUGGCAAGGGGGACGAAGGGGAAGGCAACGAGAAAGAUGGUUGUUCGUCGGAGGAAGAGGGCGACUCUGAAUCAGAACCCCUGUCUAAAUUGCGCAAGACAUCCCACUGACACGUGUGCGCGUCUGUGUGUGUGUGUGUGUGUGUGUGUGUGUGUGUGAGAGAGAGAGAGAGAGAGAGAGCACUGACAGUGCUGGUAGUCUGAACACUCUUCAAGUUCAAACU